UCUGCCUGCUCGAGAGAAAAUGUGUUUGUGGGAGAUUCCAAAUUGAUGAAUUGCCAUGCCCACAUGCUUGGGCUGUAUUGAAGAGCAAGUUUUUAAUGCCUGAAGAAUAUUGCUCUAGCUAUUACAAGCCAAGUACAAUUGUAAUGACAUGCGAUGUGCCAGUGUACCCGCUACCGAACAAAAAUAAUUGGAAUAUACCAGAGCAUGUUGCAGAGGAGGUUGUACUACCACCCAAAUGGAAAAGACCUCCUGGAAGGCCAAAGAAGAAGCGCGACAAGAAUUUAAGUGAAUUGUUGUUGCCGAAAAAUCAACAUUCAUGUAGCAUAUGUGGGUAG